AUGGGAAUCAACAAUCCGCUCCCUUCGAGCUUAUCCUCCGAAUGCAAAAAGUGCGGCAAGAUCCUCUCCUCGUUCAUCGACCCUAGACAAGCCUUUGGACCCGAGAAGGUCAUCCCACCAUCUGUCCUCGCCAACGCCAAGGUAAGCAACCAACUGCCAUGCCAUUGUCGGGCUCCGUCAACUCCCCGGCUAACAAUUUUUACACAACAGGGCCUCGCUAUCCUUACUGUGAUCAAAGCAGGCUUUCUCGGAUCCGCCCGUUUCGGCUCCGGCCUCGUCGUCGCCCGCCUCCCCGAUGGCUCCUGGAGCGCCCCAUCCGCAAUCGCAACUGGCGGUGCUGGCUUUGGUGGCCAGAUCGGCUUCGAGCUGACAGAUUUCGUCUUUAUUCUCAAUGACGCCAGCGCUGUCAAGACCUUCUCCCAGGCUGGCUCCCUCACACUCGGCGGCAAUGUGUCAAUAGCUGCUGGUCCUGUAGGCAGGAACGCAGAAGCUGCCGGCGCUGCCUCUCUGAGAAGUGUGGCCGGUAUCUUCAGCUACUCCAAGACAAAGGGAUUAUUCGCCGGUGUCUCCCUCGAAGGCUCAGCCAUUAUCGAGCGCAAGGACGCCAAUGCUAAGCUCUACGGCCGACAGAUCUCGGCGAGGGAACUCCUGUCUGGAGCCGAGCGCCCACCGUCGCAGGCUUAUCCCCUAAUGAGCAUCCUCAACACUCGAGCUUUCAACGGUAUGGCGGGCGGUGGAUCGAUGGACAACAGAAUGUACAACGACGUACCGGUGUAUGACGACCACGAAGACCCGGUUGUCUGGGGUAACAAGACUGGCCAAGCUUAUGGGGAGGGGCAGUCGAGGAACCGGGACAGUGUGCCUGCAGGGAGCAGUGGACAGGGAGAUUACUAUGCGCCACCCAAGAGAUCUUCCACGUGGCAGGAUCCGGUUUAUGAUCAGGAGCCCAGAUCGUUUGGGCAGGGGUCGAGGUCGAGCACGUAUGCGGAUAAUUCUUUUGGUGGGGCCGCGACAGGAGAGAAGAAGGCUCCGCCUGGACGGCCGGCGGCGCCGAAGCCGAACUACGCGGGUAAGGAAGCCAUGUUGAAGAAGAAUGAGGCUAUUGCGCUGUUUACCUUUGAGGCGGUGGAGCCGGGCGAUUUGGGAUUCAAGAAGGGGGAUGUGAUCACUGUCUUGAAGAAGACGGAUAAUGCUACGGAUUGGUGGACGGGCAUGAUUGGAACGAAACACGGUAUUUUCCCCAGUAAUUAUGUCAAGAUGAAGGAGUGA